AUGAGGCCUGAAAAUGGUUUAGAUGAGAAUGCUGCAUUGCUAAGGUAUGGUGAUAAUGUAACAUCAUCUGAUUUGCUUGUGGGCUACGGUACAAGAGCUAGAGGAAACUCCGAGUCAUUCAUAGCAAGAGGGAGAAGUAAUACAAUUAACAGUAUAAAAAGCUCAUAUGAGACGGUAAAAAAGCACAAAACUCAGUUUUUCCUAAUAGUGCUUGCUAGUGUGAUCAUUUACUCCACAUUUAUAUUGGUAUUUUUACCUAGGACGUCUUUGUCACGGGAUUUUAGGCGAUUCCAUUUGAGCAAGCUAACAAAAGAUGAGGCUUAUAGAAUUUACAUAUCAACAUUAUUGGAUGAUAAUAAGAUCAAGGAACACUUGGGUAAUUAUAGUAGCACUAGGGUAUGGGCAGGUGAUCAGAAUUCGUUGCGGUAUACAAUUGAUGAGCUCACUUCACUAGGGUUCAAUCCCUUACGCCAAGCGUAUUACCCAUGGGUAAACACUCCUGUAUUAACAAGUGUCACACUUUGGGAGAAUGGAAAAUUGACCUAUAAUGCUAGUAUGAUGGAAGAGAAAUUGAUAGAAGAUCCAUCCAGUGACAAUCCAGAGGGCUUUCCAGCAUUUCACGGGUAUUCGGCAGAUGGAAAUGUUAGUUCAAGAUAUGUAUUCUGCAACUAUGGUACGAUCGAAGAUUAUAAGUUUAUGCAGGACAAUGGCAUUGAUAUUGAGAACAAGAUACACAUUUUAAGGUAUGGUAACCUACAUACUGGAUUAAAAGUGAGAAAUGCGGAGACGUACGGCGCGAUAGCGGUUAUAGUCUACACAGACUCAUAUGAUGACGGUAGGGUUACAGAAGCCCAUGGGUACGAAAGCUAUCCUGAUGGGCCAGCAAGGCAUGAAAGUAGCAUUCAAAGGGAUUCAGUUCUUUAUUUGAGCGAGAUACCCGGAGAUCCCACGACCCCCGGCUAUAUACCAAAGCGCCCAGAUACUGAUAGACUGCUGCCAGACGGUAGGAUACCGACAAUCCCUUCAGUACCAUUGAGUGAGAAGGAAAUAACUCCCAUCCUUGAAAAGCUGAAUAAUAAGGGCACUAAGAUUGGCCGAGGAGGAAGCGUCAAGGGUUUUGAAUACUAUACAGGGCCAUCGGAUAGCAACGUGCACGUGCAUGUAGUGAAUAAACAAAAGUACGACGCGAAGAAGAUUGUUGACGUGAGUGUCGAAAUACCGGGGAUAUUCAAGGACAGUGAGGUGAUAAUUGGUAGCCACCGAGACUCUUGGGGAACGGGUGGAGCAGCCCACGCUGGCAGUGGGAGUGCAAUUCUUCUUCAUAUUGCAAAGGGCCUCAGUGCUCUACGUAAAAAAGGUUGGAAGCCCUUGAGAACAAUUAAACUUGUUAGCUGGGAUGGCGAGGCACAGGGAAUGCUGGGAUCUACAGCAUAUGGGGUAGAAAACAAAGCAGAACUUGACCAAAAGGCAUUGGUAUACUUUAAUCUAGAUUCGGCGAUAUCGGGAAACCUAUUCAAGUGUAAUUCACAUCCGUUGUUGCGCAGUCUAUUCCUUGAAGCCGCCAAAUACACGCUCUAUAAUGGCAAAGCUGGUUAUACUUUAUACGACCACUGGAAACAACAAUCAAAUCUAAUAAUAGGGGGACCGGACUCCUCUCCAUCAUUGACUGUUUUCCAACAUCACCUGGGGGUUCCUUCAGCGGAUUUCAAGUUCGCAUCUGAUGGCAAAUUCGAUGCCAUAUACCAACGUCACUCUAUCUAUGACUCACAGCACUGGCUAGAGAAGUUCUUAGACCCAAACUACGAGUUGCACAACACACUAGCAACCUUUGCGGGGAUAUCAGCUUUAAUUCUAGUUGAAAAUGAAUCUCUGCCAUUCGAGACUGCUAGUUAUAUGGAACUGAUAUGGAAGCGAUAUGCAGAACUCUACGAAAUGACAAAGGACACUUUCCCCAAUAAUGAGGAUACAGACCCCUUGCUGGACGCUCUCAUGGAUCAGUUAGAACUAGCUGCAUUUUCCACAAGCAAGUCGUUUGACAAGUUUACGAGAAGUUUAAAGAAGGAUAGCGUUCUGGAUUAUCCAUGGUGGAAGUUUUAUAAGAAGAUCAAAAUUUACAUGAAGCUACUUACGACGAAUAAGAAAAUGCAGCUCAUUGAUAGGAUAUUCUUGCACCAAGUCGGGCUUACUGGCAGGCCAUGGAUGAAACAUUCAGUGUUUGCACCGAAUAAGCAAGUGGGAUGUAUAGGAGAUAUUCUACCAGGCCUACAUGAAGCGCUCCUAGCAAAGGACAUCCAAGAGACUAUUAAGUGGCUAAGGAUACUAUCCACUGAUAUAGAUAGGAUGAUUUCGUUGCUUACUGUGUAA